UUCGGGAUAGGGGCAGGAACCUCAUUGACAGCUAGCUUGAAGUGUAUAUAAGCUAUGUGUUUCCCGGUGCCGUCGGUUUUAACGCUCUGAACAUGUUGUUGCGUUUGUGUUUUCUGCUGCUGUGUUGCAGCGCGGCUCCGCUUACAGCGGCACCGACUGGAAGACGUUACCUGGCGAGCACAGGGAGGUUUUGGCACAUCACAGACCUCCACCUGGACCCCUCCUACCACCUGACCCCAGACCCCAAGAAGGUUUGUUACUCCUCCAAAGGAGUUCCUGCCACCAAUCCCGGCCUGUAUGGAGACUUCCUGUGCGACUCACCUUUCCGCCUCAUUGAGUCCGCCUUCACUAACAUGGCAUCGCUCACACAGCCAGAGGACUUCAUCAUUUGGACUGGUGACAGCCCACCUCACGUCCCUCUAGAUGAGCUCUCUACAGACAUAGUCAUCCAGGUCAUCAGUAACAUGACCCAGACCAUCAGACAGCACUUCCCUAACCUGACAGUCUACCCUGCAGUUGGAAAUCAUGACUACUGGCCUCAGGACCAGAUGCCAACCUCCACUAAUGCCAUCUACAAAGCUGCUGCCCAGUUCUGGAAACUCUGGCUGCAUGACGAUGCUCUGCUAACACUCUCACAAGGUGGUUUCUAUUCACAGCUUGCUAAGCCUGGUUUGCGGGUUGUUAGUCUUAAUACGAUCCUUUACUAUGGUCCCAAUAAUGUCACACAGAACAUGACAGACCCUGCAGGGCAGUUUGAGUGGCUGGAAAAAACUCUGGAGAAAGCUGCUGAGAAUCGCGAAAAGGUGUACAUCAUAGGCCAUGUGCCAGUCGGGUUCCUGCCCUUUGCCAGAAACAUCACAGCUAUAAGAGAGAACUACAACGAGAGGCUGGUCACCAUCUUUAGGAAGUACAGUCAUGUGAUUGCGGGACAUUUCUACGGACACACUCACAGAGACAGCACCAUGGUGCUGCUGGACAAACAAGGUCAACCUGUGAAUUCUCUAUUUGUGUCACCGGCUGUUACACCGAUCAAAAAUCUUGUGGAGCUCUACUCCAAUAACCCAUCUUUCCGCAUGUACUUGUACAACAACAAGGAUUACACUAUGCUGGAUAUCUGGCAGUACUAUUUGAAUCUGACGGAAGCCAAUGAGAAACAAAGAUCAGACUGGACGCUUGAAUAUAUCAUGACUGAGGCUUUUGGACUGACUGACCUGCAGCCGCAAAGUUUACUCCAGCUGGGCCUGAGUUUUAUGCUGCCGCAGACAAAAAGCUUUGAUAAGUAUUUUAACCACUUCAUGGUCAGCUACAACGACAGCAUCAUCUGUGAUGGAAUAUGUAAGGUCAGCCAGGUGUGUUCUGUGCUCUUUCUGGACCAGCUAUCCUACUCCAGAUGUGUAAAGGGAGAUGAGCGGACAUCCACGUGAAGGGUCUUUGAGUGAUUUUUCUCAGGAGCCAAUAAGACUUCAGUGUUUUUUUUUAAAUAUAAUAUGUCUGAAAUCAUAAAAAGGGAAAUUCAGUGCACUGAUUAAAGUCAUAGUAUAGCAUAUUUUAAAUGAUUUAUCAAUAUUGAAUUUUGAUAAUAAUUUUCUGAAGUAUUAUAUUUUGCAAACUAGGUGGAUGAAGUCAGAAAAAGUGAAGCACCAUAUAAUGCCUAUGCUGCUUAACAUAUAUUUAUAUAUUUCCCUAAAGAAAUGCAGGGACAACUUUUUUUAGGGAUAUUUUUUUCACCUAUUGAAUUGCAUAAAUCUGCAAACAUAUGCAGAUGGGGUCAGGACCAAAAGGUGAUAUUAGAUAAAUGACUGACAAUACAGAAAAUACAGUCAUUUAUACAUAAUGAUGAUACUGAAUUGCUGGUGUCUCAUGUCUGUAGUCUCUAAGAACAAAAAAGAACCUCAAACUCGUCUGUGUGUUUAUUCUGAGAGGGUGGAGGACAUUAAUUGUAGCUCCUAGCUCCAUCAUGCAAGUUUAUUCCAUGUAGUCCUCCUUGCACUAAUCGAUUACAGCCAAACUUUGGAUUAAAUGCUACCAAAUGUCACCCAUCACUUGAGUUUAUUGUGUUGAUUAAUCAUGCAUACUUGAAAUAUUUCAGAGGAAAAUUUAAAUGAAAUCCUUUAGAUUUAAAGAAGGACAGCUCUGCUGUAAAUGAGGAAAAAGAUUCAGCUGUAGUCUUAUGGAAAUGUAAAUCCAGCUUUUGUUGGCUUACGUUUAUAUUCUUCUAUUAGCUACAACUGAUUAGUCAAAUCUGGUUUUGAUGUAUAUGAUAGUGUACCAGGUCACCAAAAAUCAUACUUUAAUUGCAUAAACUAUACAAAUUGCUCCAUACAGGAACAUUAAAGACAUUCAGUUUAGUCACAACUUUCAUUAAUAAAAUCACAAGAUUAACAUAAGAUUUAAAAGUUUGAAAAUGAUGUUUUUUGGUUUUUUUUAAUAUAUUUUGUUAAACUUUUUGAUUGUCUGACAAAUUCUGACUAUACAAGACUUAACCUGUCACAUUAUCCAUUCCUUAAUGUUGCAUAAACCAGGAGUUUAUUCUUCUAUUGAAACGCAUGCUUUAAA